AUAUUGUCAGUAAAAUUCAAACUCGUGACGUUGUAACAAAAAUUUAUUAAUGAGGUAACCACUGAAGCAGGUGUUGGUAGCGCAUUUAUGAUUCUCUUAUCCCUUCCCUUCGCAAUCCCAUGCACACACCUUCUGCAGCCUAUUGAAAUGCCAAUGCACUGUUUUCUAUAAAUGGGAUACUCUGGAGAGACAGACAUCUCUUCAAGCUUCAAACAUAGCCUCUCACCCCUCUCUGGAGAUCUGCUGGUUGAAGAGGAAUGGAGGGCGUAAACGUAUCUCAAAAUGGUACAACCAACCAUGCACAAGAUACAAGAAAAUCAUUCUCUUGUCUGUAUUGUUCAAGGAAGUUUCACAGUUCACAAGCUUUAGGUGGCCAUCAAAACGCUCACAAAAGAGAGAGAACCGCCGCGAGGAGAAGCAAGAGGACUACUUCCGAUUACGCCCUAAUUAACAGCCUCUCACCGCCGGUGGUGUUUUCUCCCAACUAUCCGAUUGGAUAUUUCAAUCCUUCCGCCUGUACCACCGCUGACGGCGGCGGUUUAUCGCAGAGCCACCAAAAGGCGGCGGACCUAUUUGGGUCCCGGUUUGAGAAUGCUGUGUUGUACAGAGGCAAGUAUGGAGAUGAGGUGGAUGAAUGGAGCGAAGGUAAUGCGAAGCUUGAUUUGUCGCUUCAUCUGUAGACAAAUAUGAAAAGUCUCUUUUUUCCUUUAAUUGUCUUCGAUUUUGGUUUCAUGAUUUACUUGAAUUUUGAAUCAAUUGACAAAAUAUCAAUGCAUCAUCUA